AGGCUCCACAAGCUAAGCACUACGUGUCCGUUUCAUCCCCUACCAAAAUCCUACCCUACUCAUGCACGUGAAACCUUAGUUACAUGCACGGAAGCAACCCAAUCAUCUCCUAAACCAUGCAACUAGUGCCAAUUCUACAUAAACCCCCAAAACCACACUAUAACAUAGCACUCAAAAUUACAAUUGCACAGUUUAUAAAUCUGACAUAGAUUUCACCAUGCUUCCUCUCCUCCUCUCCCUCCUCUCCCUCCUCCUCCUCCCCUCCUCCUCCUGCGCCAGCGACUUCUGCGUGGCGGACCUCAAGGGCAUCGAGACGCCCGCGGGCUUCGCCUGCAAGAAGGUCUCGAGUGUUACCGUCGACGACUUUGUCUUCACCGGCCUCGGCGUGGCAGGAAACACCUCGAACAUCAUCAAGGCCGCCGUCACCCUGGCAUUCGUUGACCAGUUCCCUGGCAUCAACGGGUUGGGCAUCUCCGCGGGCCGUCUCGACAUAGCUGUGGGCGGUGUGGUCCCUCUCCACACCCACCCGGCCGGGUCGGAGCUCCUCUAUGUCGUGCAUGGCUACAUCCUGGCAGGCUUCAUCUCCUCGGCGAACGGCGUGUACUACAAAUACCUAAAGAAGGGCGACAUGAUGGUGUUCCCGCAGGGGCAGCUCCACUUCCAGAUAAACGCGGGCAGAAAGACGGCGGUGGCCUUCGUGAGCUUAAGCAGCCCCAGCCCGGGGCUGCAGAUCACGUCAUUUGCGCUCUUCGCGAACAGCCUGCCAUCGGCGGUGGUGGAGAAGGUGACUUUCCUCGACGACGCGGAGGUGAAGAAGCUCAAGGGAGUGCUCGGUGGAAGCGGCUAAGCUAAG